CGCCCAGCUCCUCCCUCUCGUGUUCAAGAAACGAACAUGGAGACAGCUGGGAAAGUCAUCAAGUGCAAGGCAGCUGUUGCCUGGGAACCUGGCAAGCCCCUCUCCAUUGAGGAGGUGGAGGUCGCUCCACCCAAGGCCCAUGAAGUUCGUAUCAAGAUCUUUGCCACAGGCGUGUGUCACACAGACGCGUACACUCUGAGUGGCAGUGACCCCGAAGGACUUUUCCCUGUCAUCUUGGGUCACGAGGGCGCCGGAACGGUUGAGAGCGUUGGUGAGGGUGUCACCAAAUUCAAGCCAGGUGAUACCGUUGUCCCACUGUACGUGCCACAAUGUGGUGAAUGCAAAUUCUGCAAAAACCCCAAGACCAACCUUUGCCAGAAAAUUAGAGUUACCCAGGGCCAGGGUCUGCUCCCUGACAAGACCUCCCGCUUCACUUGCAAGGGAAAGCAAGUGUUUCACUUCAUGGGGACCAGCACCUUCUCGGAUUACACCGUGGUGGCCGACAUCUCUCUGGCCAAGGUGAACGACAAGGCUCCGCUGGAUAAAGUGUGCCUUCUUGGAUGUGGCAUUUCUACUGGAUACGGUGCAGCUCUCAACACUGCCAAGGUCGAGCCCGGGUCCACAUGCGCUGUGUUUGGCCUCGGAGCUGUCGGCUUGGCUGUUAUUAUGGGCUGCAAGGUUGCCGGGGCGACCAGGAUCAUCGGUGUGGACAUCAAUGCUGCAAAGUUUGAGAAAGCCAAGGAGUUUGGCGCCACUGAGUUUGUGAACCCCAAGGACCACAGCAGGCCCAUCCAGGAGGUCCUGGUGGAGAUGACUGACGGCGGUGUGGACUAUUCUUUUGAGUGCAUCGGAAAUGUGCAGAUCAUGAGAGCUGCUCUGGAGGCGUGCCAUAAAGGAUGGGGUGAAAGUGUCAUCAUCGGCGUAGCCGGAGCUGGACAGGAGAUCUCGACCAGACCCUUCCAGCUGGUGACAGGCCGAGUGUGGAGGGGCACAGCCUUUGGAGGGUGGAAGAGUGUGGAGAGCGUUCCUAAACUGGUGGAAGACUACAUGAAUAAGAAGCUGAAGGUGGAUGAGUUUGUGACUCACACGCUGCCCUUUGAGAAGAUCAACGAGGGAUUCGACCUCAUGCACGCUGGAAAGAGUAUCCGCACAGUGCUGACCUUCUGAAGUGCCUAAAACAAAGACAUCCUUCACAUCCGGCCUCUCAAACAAUCUCCUUCCAUAGUUGCAGCACUUAAUGUUUUCACUCUGCACUUGUUUGUAUGACGUAAGUUUCAGUAUUAGAACAUCAUUUUUUAUUAACAGCAGAGCACAGUUCAAACUAGAGUGUCAUUAAAACGUUUUGAAAAUUAA